AUGGAUGGGCUCGGCUUGCCCCACCUUCAAAGAGGACUAACUUGGCCAUUGCGACAUGCUCAACAACUCUGCGACGGAUGCUUCCAUGCUGCACUUGAUAGCCCGCGCAGACAGCCUUGCUUCUCUUCGCUCAAUCCUCACGGUCUAUCUCGCAAGAGACCAGCCAAACUUUCUUCAACUCAUCCGCACCCCACACCCCUCACACUGCAUGUGACUUCACGCACGAGAUCUUCUUGCGUCAACGCUCACAUCAAACCUCGAACCCAUCUUCAAAUUGGUAUUGUCAAUGGAUAUUCGCUUGUCUCCAGGGUUCAUCCACAAAUCUUAGAGAUGCCUUACCCUUGCGCAACAAAUAGAAAGCGUACGCACGCGUUUUGGGGAAGCCCGCUGGAGCUUACCAACCUCACCCCAUUCCAAGAUUUGUUAUGUGGUGCAUUAGCAGGGUGCAGCGCCCGAAUGAUGGUUGCCCCACUCGAUGUCUUGAAAAUUAGAUUUCAAAUUCAGUCUGAGACCCGAGGGCUCUACCGCUAUGCUUCAAUGUCCUCAGCAGUACGGAGCAUCUUGGCACACGAGGGCUUGCGUGCGUUUUGGAAGGGAAAUGUGCCGGCUUUGCUCAUGGUCACACCUUACGCGUCGGUACAAUUGGCCAGUUUCUAUCAACUCAAACAAUUAGCUCUUAACAUUCCCGAGCCCUACAAAUCACUUCUUUUCGGGGCAAUUUCGGGAGCUGGCGCUACCCUAUGUACAUAUCCUAUGGACCUUCUCCGCACGCGCUUCGCGGCUCAAAGCGAACCAAGGUCAUACAACAGUAUUAGACAGGCCGUUUCCGUUAUAUACAACACCCAAGGCCUACGUGGUUUCUACGCCGGCCUGGGACCCACGUUAGUCGAAAUUGUUCCAUACGUCUCGCUACAUUUCACAUGGUAUGAAGGCAUGAAAGGUCAAGUUCUGAAACGGACAAGGUCGGAUUCCUUAAAGCCGGCGGAAAGUCUAGUAGUUGGAGCAGUCUCCGGUACAGCUUCCAAGUUAUUCACCUUGCCCCUGGACAACGCAAAAAAGCUUAUGCAAGUGGAGGAUCAGUUUCUUGGGAAGAGAAACACUUCCUCUCCAUACCGAGGCAUCGCGCAUGUCCUGUCAAGGAUUUGGCGGAGGGAAGGCUUAAGGGGCUGGUUUCGUGGAACUGCACCAAGUCUAGUGAAGGCGGCCCCUAACUCAGCCAUAACAUUCACCGUGUACGAAAUGACAAGAGGGUACUGUGCCAGGAGAAGCUGA